AGCCGAGCUAAGCCGAGCAAGUAAAAUUUGCUGGAGCGAGCCGCAAAAUCUGAUCUGUCUCCUUUAUUGAUUUCGAAUUAAAUACAUCGCAGUAUCACGUUAAACGUAUAUCUAAUCGUUUAUACUACAUUUUCGUAAAGUUUUGUAAAGUCAACAGUUGGUUCUGCAUUCCUUCUAGCUAUGAAUCAUCAGAAAAUUCAUGCUUUUUGUAGGCUCUGACGCUGUGUUAUCAUGAAGCCUGAAUUUUAUUAAAAAUUACCAUUUCAUAAAUGAUUUUGAACUAAAUCAUCUUCACUCGUAUAAUUUCUUGUGAGGUUUCAAAGAGAAAAUCAAUGAUACGCGAAUUUAAUGACAGUUCUGAGGAUGAUGACAUGGAAAGCCAGUAUCAAGUAGAUCCAGAAUGUUAUUCCACAUCACCGCCGGACCGAGAUAUGCACAACCGGUGCUGCGGCGGCAAGGCCUGGUGUAUCAAGGACAUAUGUGGUAUAAUAUGCGCGGUGCUAACAUGGCUGUUAAUUCUGUAUGCAGAGUUUGUAGUGAUGAUGGUCAUGCUUCUCCCCGGGCUCUCGUCAUAUCCAAUCUACGGCUGGGCAAACAUAUUCAUAUUCCAAAGCUUGGCGUUCCUAGCCUUUGCGUCGCAUUUGAGGACAAUGUUCACCGAUCCUGGCGCCGUUCCAAAAGGCAACGCCACGAAGGAAAUGAUCAGACAAAUGAGUUUUCGAGAGGGCCAGGUGAUAUUUAAAUGCACUAAAUGCUGCAGCAUCAAGCCGGAAAGGGCGCACCAUUGUUCCGUUUGUCAGCGGUGCAUCAGGAAAAUGGACCAUCAUUGCCCAUGGGUCAAUAACUGCGUAGGCGAGAAUAAUCAGAAGUAUUUCGUUUUGUUUACUUUCUACAUAGCUGCAAUAUCAGUCCACUCGUUGACUUUGUCUGUGAACCAGUUCGUGACUUGUAUCCGUCACGAGUGGCGCGACUGCACAACAUACUCCCCGCCGGCCACUGUCGUCUUGCUGCUGUUUCUAAUCGCUGAGGCGUUGCUUUUUGCCAUUUUUACUGCUGUCAUGCUCGGAACGCAGUUGCAGGCUAUUUGGAACGACGAGACGGGCAUAGAGCAGUUAAAGAAAGAGCAAGCGCGGUGGGUCCGCAAAUCCCGCUGGAAGAGUAUUCAAUCUGUAUUUGGACGAUUUUCCUUGCUUUGGUUUUCCCCGUUUACCCAGCCCGCUCCUAAGACGAAGGUGGAAAGCUAUCUGUAUAGUGUUUGAACGGCUUUUUUUCAAAGGGUUUCUUGCAUUCGCGAGGGUUGCCACACCUGAAAGCCGAAUGCUUUUUAUUACAAUUAUUCGUCUUAACUUGAUUUAAGGUUAACGUCAUAAGUUUCUUUAUCAUGAUGUGAAUUUGUUAAAUCCAGUAUAAUAUUAAUAACACUGUAUGAGGUUGCGUUAAAUUAAUUACCCAACAUGAAUUACAUAUAAAUAUUUUAGGAUAAGUUCAGUAAAGGAUAGUGAAUUAAUUUUCCCAAACGUGAAAAGGUUUAUCGAUAAAUCUUUUCUCCUGAAUCCCUACUUCUGAAUAUUUUUUUUCUGAAUGUUUUAGAGUAUUUGUAUUUAAAUUAUGUGGGACUUGUAUUGGAUGAAAUGGAAAUCUUCGCCAACGUGUGUGUGUGAAUGAGUGAUCUUUAAGAAAAAAAGCUUGACUUUUUGUUUGUGGCAAUCUCGAUCAGCUCGCAAUGCAAGCAAUAUUUAUAUCAAUAUUAUUUAUAACUAUUAUUAUUAUGUUAUCAAUUUAAGAGCUAUGAUUUAUUAUCUGUUUAUGUUAAGAUUUAAUUUAAUAUUUAAUGAGACAUCUCUCGGGGAAAAACGACUGACAUAUUGAAUUAAAUGUGUAUAUUAAUUUAGGGAACCAAACGCCUGCAUUUACUUUACUAUACUAAUUGUUACAAAUUAUGUUCACAAAUCUUGUAUUUCUUUUUAAUUAUGAAGAUGAAGUAUAAUUUAUUGACGAUAUAGUUUUGUUUUGACUUGAACAUUUUAGUAUUAUUUUGUAAGAAUGAAUAAGUGAUGAUGAUUAUGUAAUAUGUCGAUUGAAAUAAGUUUUUAAAAAAGUAUAGAUCGUUAGACAAGAUUUGAUGGCCGGCAUUACAGUUUAAGUUAAUGUUUUGAAUCCUACGGACAAAUGCCAAUUAUUUAAUGCAAGGAACCUAUCGCAGACAAAACAUUGUGAAAUCUACACAACUAAGUAUUUGGCUGCACUGGAAGUUAAUCUUCCGUUUAGGUUUUUUCUAUUAUGCGUGAACUUCAAAUCGAAACAAGUUUUUCAAGUGAUGUUAUAUUGCUUAUAAAAUUGUAAUAUCAAAUAGCCUUUCGAAUAUCAAGCAGCAGCGACCCGACGAAUAUCUGUCGUUUUCUAUCGAUACCCAUAAUGGAAAGUAUAGACUUAUGUAUAAGAUCUUAUCGGAUAUCUGGUGUCGCCGCCGCGUCGCUAUUUUUGUUGUGGUCAUUUUGCCUACGUUCUAUAAACUUUUUCAUUAUAAUUACACUGAAAUUAAUUGACGUCGAAUACAUUCAAUAUUAAAUAUGAUUUUCAACAAAAUAUUACUAAUGUGUUUAAGUAAAUUUCUCGCGAAGUACUUCGGCUUUCACAAAAAAAAUACUAUUACGAAGCACUUAUUUUGAAAAAAAAAAAAGACUUCGCAAGAUAAACAAAACUAUGUGCGAAUUUUUUUUAGUUAUGAUGCAAUUCACAUCAUUUGUUAUAUAGUUAUACACCGUAUAAAUUAAUUGGGAGUUCAAAUAGGAACUUUCAUAUUUAAUCCUAAAAGUGCAUACAAAAAUGACUUAUGUGCAAAUUGUGUAAUAAUUAAUACAAGUUAAUGACCUCAAUUUGUGGAAUAAAAUGUUACGCGUGCAGUGCUUUCUGCGUGUCAUUAAUUAUCAGUCAGAGCGGUGAUGAAAUACAAACUUAUUUUCGUAUAACUGUCAUAUUUUUGUUUUUGUCAGUUGACAUUUCUAUAAUUUUGCUACUAUAAUUACUCGUAUAUAAAGACUUUUUGGUCAGCUGGACGAAUUUAUUUUUCAUUUAUGAUACUUUCUUUCUAUACCAAAACGAAGGUGGUGGCGAAGAGAAAAUAUUAAAGGUAAAGCGGUAAAUAAACAAAUAUAAGUAUAAUAUACAGGACAAAUUACACAAAUUGAGUUAGCCUCGAAGUAAGUUCGGAACUUGUGUAACGAGAUACUAACUCAACGAUACUGUAUUUUGUAAUAAAUACUUAUAUAGAUAAACAUGCAAGUCUCAGACCAUUAAGAAAAAGUUUGUUUCUCAUCAUGCCCUGGCCGGGAUUCGUAACCGGGACCUCCGGUGUCACCGACAAGCGCACUACCGCUGCGUCACAGAGGCCGUCAAAUGAGAGAUCAAACUUGAUUAGUCACAACAUAAUUGAAAAAGAAUUCGUGGAAGCAUUAUGUAUGAAUUUUAAGUUUAUUUUCUAUGUAACUUGGAAUUAAAGUUAAUAACUUAAGUAUUUUGCGGCCUGCCUUCAGAUUGAUGUACAAUGUUUUACAAGGUGAUUAUUUAUCAUGAACAACUUUUAGGACAAACUUGUAAAAAAUAUACUCGUCUAUAUCUCGUACGAUAUAUAUCAGCAGUUCGGAUGGCUAUUUUAGAGAUUAACUGGUCAAAGUAGAUUAUAAGAUGUACAUUGACCCUUUUGCGUUACAAAUUACGUAUUUGGGUACUAAGUGUGGCCAGUUAGCAUAUACAAUGGCCACAAUAUAUAAACUUUAUCUAGCUGUCUUUCUCUCUCUUCUGCCGUCCUCCAGCUAAAAGGAGGCUAAGUUUCAGGACCUUAUUUGUAGGUUAGUCGCCUAAUAGUUUGAGGAUGCAAGUCUUUUAGUUAGCACCGCUCUGGUCCGUGUGACAAACUAGUGCGGUGCCACAGUUAUUAAUUAGUAAUUAUUAUAAUAAUUAAUAAUUCAGAUAUUAAUAAAUAUUUAUACAUUAAUUUAUUGUGUUUAUAAUGUUUUUGUGAUAUUUCUUAUAGACAUGUGCUAACUGGCAUUCACUGAAAAGUGGUUAGUCUGCGUUACCCAGUGACAUGGUUAUAGGAUCUCCUUUUAUUUUUAAGAGUUGUUUUUUGUAUUUGGAUGCCCUUGAUCGAGUCCUUUUUAUUCAAAACUUCCUACUAUUAAUGUAGUAUUAGUUCUGUUUUGUAUCAAUUUUCUAGAUUUAUAUAAAUAAGGAACUUGUAGGUUCUUUUCUUGUUUUCUCAUUUCACGUCUUAAACUUUAGAAAUUGUUUAAUAUUGAUCUCGUCGUGUUUUCAUUUCCACGUGUGUAUAUAGAUAAGUGAUGCUUUCUUCGCUUAUUGCAAUAUGAAGUCACUUUGGUGUUAUUACAAUAAGCAUAUGUACUUGUAGAACACGAUAAUUGUAGUAAAUCUGAUCGUUUAUCGGUGUUACUUGAUGUUUAGAAAAACUAAAACAUACAUUAGAACUUCAUGUUCAGGAAAUGAAAAUACCGAGAGUUGAAAUAAAAAAGGUUGAAACCACUAUUCAUGGAUUGUAGAUAAAUCUCUUCAUAUAAAGUAUAAGUUUAUUUUUCCUUUUGAUAAUAUUGGCCAUGUUCUGUGUGAAACUGUAACAUCUAGUUGCAAUUUAAAUAUAGUGAAUAGUCCAGUUAUAGUGAGAUGCACCCUUCUAUGUAUUCAAUAAGAUCUUACGGGUAGAGAUCGGGGGGUGAUGGUUACCUGAAAAGAAUGUUGAAGGACAAAUUUUACUACAAGAAAAGACAGAUUUUGUUGAAAUAAUAAUUAUUGAUUAAAUCAAUAAUUAUUAUUCGAUUUGACGUAACAUUCGAUGCCUGAUCUGUAGUCGUAAGUAGAGAGAGGACUUUAUUUUUCUACACUGCGAACGCCACGUCACAUUUCUUGGGCAUCAAACAGUGACAACGAGGUUUUAUUUAGUUUAGUCUAUAAGGUUUGUCUGUGUAUUAAAAGGUAGUUGUCAUGUAACUAUUGUUGCCUAAUUUAUUGAUUAAAUAAGCCGGUAGUUGCUUGUUGUGAAGCAAAUCAAAAUCACAAAGAAUCUUUAUUUCAUGAUAUUCGGUAUGGGUCGGAGGCAUUAAAUUAUUAUAUUUUUACAUCUCGUAUUGUUACCUAGAAUGAAAAAUAUUUUAGUAUAGCAUAAAUUGGGAGCAUCUUUAUCGCUUCGUUAAAUUUAAAAUUUGAAUGGUAUGUUUAUAAUUUUAAUAAUAUCUCUGUCAGUGUUAUGAAAUUUAAAAAAUAAUCGAGGCUUGCUUUAUAUUUAAUUUUAUUAAAUAUUAAAAAGAAAAUGGAAACUAAUUAAAUCUACCUCUUAGUGGAGGUUUCCCAAGACAACUUUACAAUUGACAUUUAAUAUUCGUCUAUGUUAGUGCGUGACCAUAUAAGCCCAGUCAAUAGUUUAAUAUUUUUAAUAUUUUAAUUUAAAACUAGUAUAAUAAUCUGCUAAAUUCACUUCAAAACUAAUACAAAACACGAGUGUCGUGAAACUAGCCUUAAGGUAUCUGACUCUAAAUAUAUUUGCCACACGUAAUUAGAAUGAAGUUGUGACCGCACUAGUCGUUGCUGUUACUACUGGGGUGAGUUACUUAAACAAGACGUUUCACGCCGCGCGUUGCACACUGAUUAUUUGAACAAAUUAGUAACACUAGUGUUACCAUGAUCUAUGUUUAUUGGUAAUUAAAUUGCGUUGUAAGGCCUAACUAAUUUUUUCAGCAACAACAGAAUAUUAUUAAAUAUUUUAAUAAACAUUGGUUUUUGUAAUAUAACGUGAAAGGUUUUCGUGAGUUAUCAGUCUUACGAAAUUGCGUAUAUUUAUUUAUUAUAGUAUGUAUAAUGCUUAUUAAUGAUGGUAAGACUAAGUGCACAUUUUCCAUAGGUAGUGCAGGCGUGUUUAAAUUAGGUAAGAUAUAUUUUUUAAAUGUAAUGUCUUGGUAACACUACCGACAAAAUAUGUUGACGAUGGUCUUUAUGGAUUAUAAAGUCACAUUUGCAUCUUUUGGCCUACACCAAAUCUGUGCAUACAGAAACUCAUCUAUUUGCAGGAAUAUCGAUGUUAAUAGAACGUAUUUAUAGAGCACUGAAUUGUAUACAAUAUAAUUCAUAUAAGUUAAAAAAUAACAAAAUUAUUAUUAAAAGGUACAGUUCUUACAAAUUUGCGAACUUGAUGGUAAUCAUGGUGGCGCCAGAGAAAGGCACUCGUGUCAAAGCAAAAAAAAAUGAAACAAGGGAUAAUGAGCACAGUUUCAUAAAUCGGAAAUAUAAACAAGUUUGCAAUAAUAAGUAAAAUAUAACAAUAGUGUACCCCUUUUUCUAGCUUCAAGAUUACUUAUAACUACUAGAUUUCAAUAGGGCUACAGGGAUUGACAGGUUUCCAUCUAACUUACCUUUCUACUUCUGAUCAAAGUCAGACCACGGUUCCUCUUCAGGAAUUACGUAACUUAGAUAAAUUCCAGAAGGUAACUCUUUGAAAUUAUGCUUUUGGCACUAAGUGAAGGUAGAUGAUGGUAUGGUUAAUGUGACGAUAGUGUCGAAAGCGGUUUGAAAACCACAUAGAAUUGGUAAACAUAUGUAUGACUAUAGAGUAGUCUUCAUUGGUGAAUGUGACGUCACAACUUAAAUUUGUGACACUAUGUUUUCAUUUUGCAUUAUAUUAACAUCUCCCUCUUUCUGUCUUUGUCAAAGAGAAAGAGAAUAGAUAAGAUUUACUAUAUCAAGCUUCGUGAAUAGACCCCCAGAGUGCCGCACUCUGCGCCGAACUUUGUUAUAUUAUCUAUGCAUCAACAAAAGUUUGGUACAACUAUGAACGAUGUUCAUAUAAAUUGUACAAAUUUAAAAAAAAAUAAAACAGAUUAGUGAAUUAGACAAGGAAGUAGAAUUUUUAUGUUAUUAGAUGAAUAGUUAAGUUUCAUCUUAACGCUUUCCGCUCUGUUGCUUUGGUGUGAGAUUAAUGUGUUAGCAUAAUGUACCUACUACAUCUAUCUAAUAACAACUAAAUUUUGUGUCUUAUUGAAAAACUUCAUACCAUUACUUAUCUCUGAUGGUAAUUCUUAUUGCAUAUCUUAUCAAAUCGUACAAAAUUUAUUCAUAAACACAAGAAAUCCUAAAAAAUUUAACCAUGUAAGUGUAACAAAACGUAAUAAUAAGAGAAAAAUUAACUUAAUAUUUAUAAAAAAAUCAUACUCGAUUAUAAAAUUAGUAAAUCGUUAUCUACUCUUAUAACCUAAUGGAAUUUAGUGGUAUCCCAGGGGUCAUAAAGCUCACAUUGAUCUAAUCUAUCGCUUAUUUGAUACUCUCUUAUCGCACUAAGUGUAUUUUGAGAUUAUCUCACCCUCGUCCUCCUCGCACAGGGUUUAGAGCGUCGGUGGUUGAAUCGGUAAGGUGCCCGGUUAAAAUGCGUGUUGCGCAGUAAGCCCGGUUCGAAUCCCACGGCCGGCAUAUUAGUUAGAGUACUAACCGACGCUCUUACGGUGGGGGAAAACGUGUGAAAACCUGCACAUUCAGGCAACUGGAUGUGUAACCAUGAUCGAUCCAAUACGGGUUAGUUUCCCCUGCAAAUGUUGCAGAGGUUAGAAAGGUUUAGGUGUAUAAACCUGACUCAUCCAAUCGAGGAUCCAUGGUCAAAGGCAUACCCCGGGCUCCUCUUCAGAGUGGUGAGGAUGCAACAGGGAAUAAAGCCAGGAGGAAGAUGACUCGUGCACAGUGGUUGUGUAACACUUGCUAUAGUCGUGUGCUAGUCAUUAUUCAAGUUCAACGCGUCUUUUGUAUUCUAAGCGUUUCAGGUAGGGCUACGAAAGAUGCGAUAGGUACGAAACUGGGAAUUGAUUGCGGAAUUUACGUAAUAAAAAUAACUAGUGAUUGCGAUCAAUAUGGGCUAUUGAGACGCACUCCGAAUCAUACGGCGGUCAUUGAACGAUUGUAAAAUCAAAAUAGAGGUUUGAGAAUAAACGUGCCUUCUGUGUCACAAUUCAUGAAUGAGCUUUGCUCGUCCUUUAAACACUAUCUUUUGAUCAUCACUAAAGACUUAAUAAACUAGUAGACUAAAGUAUACUUUUUAACCUGUAAUUUGUUCAUCGUAGCAGUGUCGCUGAUAAAGCGACAAAGUUACUAGAAGUAUUCAAAAGGUUAUAAGCUAUUUUAAGAAAUUUGGUGAAUAUUUCUUUUUAAUUGUAAAUUGUUUACUUUACUCGACCGAUUUGAAUAACUUAAAACAAAGCUUAUUUUAAAUAAAUAUGGAUUAUUUCACUAAGAAAAUUAAUUAAAAAAUUUCAUUGUAAUGUCCAAUUACCUUCUGAAUAUAUGAGGAACUCUUCUUGAUUGGACUGGAUGUUGAAUGAGUUUUUUUUUAAUAUAAGUAGGUAUAUGAUUAAGUUUAAUAACAAGAAAUUUACUUUGAAGCAAGCUCAAUCAGUGUGAUUUUUCCUUAUAUUAGGUAUAUAAAAGUCUGUAUAAAUAUUUAUAGGAAGAUAUGGUGACGCAUGCUGAAUAAGUUUUCGUGGAAAAAUAUGUAGCGAAUAAAAAAAUACUUAUAUUACAAGUAUGACAUUCUAUAAAAACUAGGACGAAAAAAUCUUUUAUCUGUUAAGAUGUUUUAGUUAGAAAAAAGUUCUUCAGUAUGCUUUACACUGCGCACCCUUUAAAUAUUUGUACCUACUUAAAUUGUGUGAACCUUGCGUUACCUACGCACUUUACUCUUAUAAUUAUUUAUGUUGUUUUUAUGAUUAUUUACAUUUCAACGUUAACAAACUCUCAGAUUUAAAUGUGGACUAGCUUGAGGACUUAAGAUGUUUGUUUUAUAUUCUAUACUUUAUCUUGACUACACCAGUCUAAAGACUACGCAUCAAAUGCUUUAGUGUGCACACUAAAGAUGGUAGAUACCUAAUAAGUAAAUGUUAGUUUAAAAUAUACAAGUAAUAUGAUGUAUUUCUAAAAAUAAGCUAUUACAGAAAAAUGUAUUAAUUUAUUGGCCCAAAACUAUUGUAAACUUUAUUUAUUAAUUUGAUGUUAUUUUGUUGGCAUUUGUUGUGAAUAACCUAGUUGUAACAACGGUUAGGAUAAGAUAUCUGUAUAUCUCAAACUCGAAACAUAAUUAAACCAUUCUGAAUGUCCUUUAUCUAUUUGAAUUAAUAUAAGUUUUUGAUGGGAUUUAUUUUCAUUAAAGAUGAUUGUGACA